GCUGUGCUUUCACUUUGAGUCCCUCUGUCGGGGCUGGGCUCUGGCAGGGCCCCACAGAGAGAGGGCAGCCAGGGCUGCCCCCUUCCAUCCCCCAUCUCCUGACCCUUCCCAGAGCUGCCCCGAGGCUGGACCUGGGCGGGAGGGGGGGAUCUGCGGAGGCGAGCCCUGGGGUCUGCUCAGCUCGGUGCACCUACACCCUAGGAGGAAGAAGCGGGGCCCUCCCCAGGACAGCUCAGCACAGAAAUGUCAAAGUGCCUACUAAAGGGGGAUGUCCGGUACCUUGUGGCCACGCUGGCACUGCUGGGAAUUAUCACCAUCUACCUGAUCCUAGCUCCAGCAAGGGACACUUUCCUUCCUCCGAGGACGAAGUAUGGCCUGGUGUUCGAUGCUGGCUCCACGCACACGGCUCUCUACAUCUACCAGUGGCCAGCGGACAAGGAGAACGGCACAGGCAUCAUCAGCCAAGUGGAGGCCUGCACUGUGCCUGGAGCCGGCAUCUCCAGCUACGCAGACAACCCUGCUCUGGCUGGAGCCAGCCUGAAGCCCUGCCUAGACAAGGCCAUGAUGAUCGUCCCUGCAAAGGUGCAGCGGGAGACCCCCACCUACCUCGGGGCUACAGCAGGCAUGCGGCUGCUGAGGUACCUGGGCAGGGCAUGGCCCUGCGAGCCUGGGCACCUCUGCAGGCCCUUCCCCACCACGCGCUUCUGGCGCCAAACACGUCCGCCCCCCCCCCCCGACCCCCCCAAAAUAGGCGUGGAGGACAGCUCGUCUCCCCAGCAGAUAUCGCACCCCUGCUACCCUAAGGGAUACCAGGAGAACAUCACCGUGGCAGCCCUCUACGACAGUCCCUGUGUCCCCACGCCGAGCACACCCGGCACUGCACAGGCCCUCAUGGUGUCGGGGACAGGAGACCCAGUGGCAUGCAGGACCGCCAUCCAGAAACUCUUCAACUUCUCCUGCGGGGCCCACCGGACAUGCGGGUUCAACGGCAUUUAUCAGCCACCUGUGCGGGGGCAGUUCUUUGCCUUUUCUGGGCUUUAUUACAACCUACACUUUCUGAACCUGACCAGUGGGCAGUCCCUGAGCUCAGUCAAUGCCACCAUCUGGGACUUCUGCACCAGAGACUGGGAAAAGGUGCAGAAGGAGUUCCCCAACGUGGACAAGGCCUAUCUAUAUAAUUACUGUGCAGCCAGCUCCUAUGUCCUCACCCUCCUGCUGCAAGGCUACAAAUUCAAUGACAAGACAUGGCCCAACAUCCACUUUAUCCAAAAGGUCGCUAACAUAGAUGUGGGUUGGACCCUGGGCUAUAUGCUCAAUCUCACCAACAUGAUUCCCUCAGAGACUCCCCAGAGAGGCACCGCACUCCAAAGAAGCAUGUGGACAGCAGCCACAAUCACAUUGUUCAUCAUGCUUUUCCUCUGCUUCUGGCUGUUUGUGGCCAUAUGUCACCAGAGAAAAUUAGCCAGUUAUGAGACUCUCUAGUAACACUGGCCCCAGAAGCUGUUGAAGCUCCUUGGUCCUGCUGCCACACUUCUGUGAGGAGCUGCAGACUGGAGGAAUCACACCCGUGUCCGGGAGCUGUGAACUAGUAAUGCAGUGUACGAGUACCCCAGCCUGGUGAUCUGGAACUGGCACAGACUUUAUAAAAUCUCUCUGUAACUG